AUGGCGUCCCCGCGCUUUCUCCACGAUGAACUCCAUCCCGUUCGUCCGGGGUCGGAGGAUCCACCGUAUAAAAGAUUCGUGAGCCUCGAAAAUUCCGAUGUACAAACUAGGCCAGAGCAAGUAACCAACAUGGGCUAUACGAAGCUCUGGAAGCGGCUCUCGCCGCGGCAGCUGAACUUCGCCAUCCAGUUUUUCUCGCUCAUCUCCAUCUUCUUCGAAGGCUAUGACCAGGGUGUCAUGGGAGGUGUGAAUGCCGCGCCCAAGUACGUCAGCGAGGUCGGCAUUGGGAACCCAGAUGGCACCAACAUCGACACCACACACCAGGGCGGAAUCGUCAGCGUCUACUACCUGGGUGCCAUCUUCGGCUGCUUUGCUGGAGGAUGGUUGGCUGACCGGAUUGGUCGAAUUAAUGGCCUGUUGAUGGGCGCAUUGUUUGCCUUGGUCGGCGGCGCUUUACAGGCGGCCGCUCAGAGUUCGGACUUUAUGAUCUGUGCUCGUGUAGUGACGGGCGUUGGUACCGGAGCCUUGACGGGCAUUACCCCUGUCUUAGUGUCAGAAACCUCUUCCGCGGAGCACCGCGGCGGAUUUCUGGGAUACGUCUUCAUUGCCAACUACCUAGGAAUAUCAGUCGCAUAUUGGAUCUCCUUCGGUCUCGCCUUUAUUGACAACGGAUACUCGGAUGUGCGAUGGCGGUUCUUGCUUGCCUUCCAGUGCGUCCCCGCCCUGAUUCUGGUCUGCUGCAUCAAGAUGCUGCCGGAUAGUCCCCGGUAUCUCGCGUCAGUUGGUCGGAAUGAAGAGGCGCGUGAGAUUUUGACGUCUAUUCGCAAGCACAAGGCUAGCCCCGAGGAGAUUGAUCGGGAAUACUUGGAAAUUGUGACCUUGGCAGAGGGAGGCGAGCGUAGCUCCCCUGUUCAGUUUUUGAAGAUCUUGCUCGGAAUGGGAGGAAAGCAGCAUCCGAAUGUGGGCCGACGAGCUUGGCUGUGUGUCUGGCUUCAGAUCAUGGCCUCCUGGACCGGUAUUACGGCCGUCACUGCGUAUUCUCCAGUUCUCUUGCACCAGGCUGGAUACAGCACCAUCAAGCAAAACGGUCUAGCCGGGGGUCUGAAUACGGUUGGCAUCAUCGGUACCAUCAUCAGCGCUCAGAUCGUCGAUCGCCUAGGUCGCCGUAUCUGCCUCAUUGGUGGCGCAGCAGUGCUAUUUGCGGUGAAUCUCAUUGCUGGAGCUAUAUACGAGGGCUCAUUGCAAAAUCCUAGCAAGGCUUCUCAGUAUGCUCCCGGAGCUAUUCUUAUGUUGUUCUUGUUUAAUAUUGGUUACGCUGCCACCUGGGGUACUGUCGCAUUCUUGGUACCCACAGAGAUCUUCCCCAGCAACUUGCGAGCCCAGGGUAAUGGCUUCGGUAUCACUGGGUGGGCUAUUGGUGUGGGCAUGACCACUCUCGUCAAUCCGAUUAUGUUUGAAACCAUGAAGAGCCGCACCUACUUCCUCUUCGCCGGUCUCAAUAUGCUAUGGAUCCCCAUCAUUUACCUCUUCUACCCUGAAACCCGCAACCGCUCCCUGGAAUCGAUCGAAGCACUAUUUUCCACCUCCAGUCCCUUCUACUGGAAGAUGGAGCAGGCGUAUAAACUGCAUGGUGACGUUCUGGCGGAACACGGAGUCCGCAAGAGUGUUGGCCUUGAAGGUGACCCAAAUGAGUCAUCAUAUGAGAAACCAGAGGAGCAGACGAUUGCCUAG